AUGAAGGGUUUUGGAGAGGCGGUGGGAAGCAUCCAGACAAGCAGAGUGACCGGUUGGAUAAGAAGCGGUGGAAGGAAGAAACUGGAAGAUCGAUUAACCUACGGGUGUAGGGAUAAAUUGACCGGGAGACCGGAACUAUUCGCAACACGGACCAUGUCUCCAUCCAUAAUUGAUCGGGACAUGGAACAGGCAAACAGUGCAGCAGAGGAAAAUGGGCCAAAUCCCGGCGAGCCUCCAAGGUUUCUCUCACGCCGUCGAUGGUCACAAUCCACAGGAAGAAAGAGCGGUUCAAAGAUAGAUCUAAGAAAAGAGCAAGAUCGGAAACAGGAAGCCAACGACAGUGGCUUGAUGAGGGUUAUACGGUCGUGA